UUCAUGCGAGGAAGAGACAAUGGGAAAAAUGCGAUUCAACGAGAAUUCAGCCGCAAACUCCGGCACGUGUAGGGCACGUGGGUCUUCUUUUUUAACAACGAAUUUUCAUCUCGACUUUCGUCUCUUAAUUAUUUUAUUGACCGUAAUUAAAUUAAAAUCUAGAUUUCGACCCCAUGAUCUCUUCCUAGAUAAGAAUUAGCGACGACGAACACUUAUCCUUUCUUUGAUGAAACAAGAUUCUUCUAUUUAGUUGAAAUUUGGAAAAUAGUCGAAUUUUGUCCCACCCUUGACACCCUCACUAUCUACCUACUCUCUAAAAAGAAUCGCAAUGUCAAAGGGGGUCGACCACCAACCUGAAAAUGUCGAAGCUGUCACGACGACGACGAAAAGUGGACCGGAAAUCGUCCUCGGAGAGAAAAAUAGUUCUGAAGAAACGACUGCAUCCCCAACACAAAAUUAUCUUAUAUUAUAUUAUCUUAUUAAGGACGAGCCAUUGGAAAAGGGAUCGAGUUUUGAAAGUUCUCAAGAGAACCGACAACUUCCUCCUCACUCCGCCCAACCACGUGACCCAUCACCACGUGACGAUGACCACGUGCAGCCGCCAUCGACUAGCGGAAAGUCACCAAAAAUCAAGAAACCAAAAAUAUUCCCGUGCAAAACAUGCCUUCGUCCCUUCACCAACCGAACCAGUGCUGACCGCCACGCCCACACCCACCUCAACUCCUCCGAGCUGGAGAAGGCCUCAUUUUACCACUCGAAGUGCCCCCACUGCAAGAAAGUCUUCUUCCGUCGUAAAGACUUGACCGAUCAUCUCUUCGUCCACAUGAGCGCAGAUGAGCGCGCCGAGGUGCGGCAGGGAUGGCGACAUAAGUGCUAUUUCUGCACAAAACGGUUCAAAAGUCCGUCCCAUCUCAGUCGUCAUCUUGUGACCCACACGAAGGAAAAGUUGGGUGGGAGGUGUCACACUUGUCGAAAAACAUGCUCCUCCAAAGAUUCCUUGAUCCGUCAUCUCUUCUCCCAUCUCCGCGACGAGGAAAAAGCCGCCCUCGUGAAGCAGGGGACGAGUCGAGUCUGCCUCUUCUGCCAGAAGAUAUUCCCCUCCAACGGCACUUAUCAUGCCCACCUGGUCUCCCACACGAUGGAGAAACCCUUCCGUUGCGACCAGUGUGGGGCGCAGUUCGCUAAUAAUAAUAUCUUAACCAGGCACGCCCGCAUUCACAGCGCGGAUCCGCGACCCUUCAAGUGCACCGAGUGCGACCAAGCUUUCGGUCGAAAAGAACAUCUGGCCAGGCACAAGAAGACGGUGCACGGGGGGCUGAAGGACAUCGCGUGCCCCCAGUGCGGCAAGAAGUUUGGCGAUAAGAGUGACAUGAUCCGACAUGUGAAAGGUGUGCAUGGCAAGAUCCGCCACCCCUGCCCCCACUGUGGGGAGAUAUUCACGCAAAAAGGCAACCUUGGGAGGCACAUGAGGAAGGUUCAUCCCCCAGAAUAAAGUCCUUCGUUUGUCGACUGAGCCCUCGUCAAAUUUCAUGUAAUGUUUCCAUGCGUUAGAUUUUUAUAUGUUCCCGAUGUCGCCAUUUGUUACGAGAUAAUUAUUCUCGUAUGACUGAUAAAAAUGGAAUAAUUGAAUUAGUAAGGUGUAAACAUGACCAAUUUUUUGUUACCGUUUUGACCACGACGAUUUUUAAUUAGUAAAGUCAUUCUAUUUUGU